AAGGAAAAGUGAAAAUUCUAAAACAAAAAAAAUUUGAAAUCCUUUGAAUAGUGAAAGAUAAAUAGUUAAAAAUGGAAUUACUUAAUGAAACCGCUGAAAUCGUGAAUAAUGGAAUUUCUCAAUUCACAUUUAAUGCUACCGAUUAUACGGUCUUUGUGUUUAUGUUAUUUAUCUCAUUUGGCAUUGGUGUUUAUUUCGGUUUCUUUGCCAAAGGUGCUGAUACAACCGAUGAAUAUCUAAUGGGUGGGAAACGCAUGAAAACCAUACCUAUUGCUAUCUCACUUGUGGCAAGUCAACUUUCCGGUAUAUCCAUCAUGACGAUACCUUCAGAAAUGUAUUCAUUUGGCAUAAAUUGGUGUUUUAACGUGAUGUCAAUGUUAAUAGUUGUGCCAAUCCUGUGUUAUGUUGUUAUACCAGUUUUUUAUAAUAAUAAUAUAUCGAACUGUUAUGAGUAUCUGGAAAUAAGAUUUAACCGCAAGACGCGCCAAAUUCAAACCAUUGCCUUUAUAGUUACGUUGUUCCUGAUGUUACCAGUUUUUAUUUUUAUACCAGCACUUGCAUUUUCACAAGUUACUGGCAUAAAUAUACAUCUCAUAAAUACAAUCGUCUGUUCAAUAUGUGUAUUUUAUACUAUGUUUGGCGGAAUCAAAGCGGUUGUUUGGACAGAUGUUGUACAAGCAUUUAUAAUGGUCACAUCUGUGGUAUUAGUUGGAAUAUUGGCUACAGUAAAAAUAGGAGGAAUUGGAGAAGUUUACCAUAUCGCUAAAGCCGGUGGCCGCUUAAAUAUCAAUUUAGCAUUCGAUUUAACAACUCGCUCUACACUAUGGAACUGUUUUAUAAGUGGAACACUAAUGUGGGCUUCAUAUGUUGGCCUGAAUCAAAGUUGUGUACAGCGUAUAGUGUCCUUGCCCUCAUUGGGUCAUGCUAAAAGAUCGCUUGUAAUUUUUGGUUUUGGUUUUAUCCUCAUACUUGGAUUUAACACUUACACUGGCAUUGCGAUGUAUUCACGUUAUCAUGACUGUGACCCAAUUCAGGCAGGAUUUGUUCAAAAAACUGAUAAACUAAUGCCGUACUUUGUACAAGAUAUUGUAGGCCAUUUAAAAGGUAUGCCUGGUGUAUUUAUAUCGUGUGUUUUUAGUGCUGCUCUGAGUACAAUGUCGGCCAGUUUAAAUUCCUUAUCUGGUAUAGUCUACUUUGAUUACAUCAAACCAUAUAUUAGACACACAGAGAGUCGUGCAAAUCUUAUCAUGAAAUUUUCUCCAACACUUCAACUCAACACAGCAUAA